AUGUCCCCCACACUUUUUACUUUCAGUUCCUCUGCUACAGAUGAGAACAGUGGUGGUGUGGCUUUAUACGCCACACUCGGUAGCAUCGGUUUUGUAACUUUUUACGCACUGUACCGAAUUGUGCUCUAUCCCAUUUAUCUCUCACCUUUGCGUCAUGUCCCUGGCCCACCUCUUGGGCCCAAUUUGCUUAUCGGACGGUUCGGGGACAUGAUCAAUGGAGAGGCCGGCAUCCCCCAACGAGAAUGGGUGAAACAGCACGGUCAAGCCAUUCGCGCUGUCGGUCCUUUGGGGAUACAACGAAUGAUAUUCUGCCGACCUGGAGCCUUGCACAAGAUACUUGUCAGCAACUGGUUGACGAACCCCAGGCCUGGCUUUAUGCGCGAUAUCUUAGGAACCGUUACAGGAUAUGGCUUGCUUACGGUCACCGGAAAUCAACACAAGCAGAUGCGAAAGGCGAUGAACCCAGCCUUCUCGAUCGCUAGCUUGAGUUCUCAGACGGACAUGUACCACGACGCCAUUGACAGCUUAAUCGACAUCCUCAACGACAGAAUUUUAGAUACCGAAAAGAGGACCGGGGAGAACAGUUCCAUCGAGCACAUGUAUGUUUGGAUGAGCAAAGUUACUCUGGACAUUAUUUGCACGUCUGCUUUUGGGUAUAACGCCGACUCCUUGCAUAAUCCUCACAACGAACUUGCUGAAGCCUACGAGGAAUUGAUUUCAUUACAGACAGGGCGGAACCUCUCCCGUUUCAUCUUAUUCAUGUCCAUUCCUGGCUUUCCGACAUUCGUGAAUUCCAAUUGGGCGUCGAAGCGCCGAGAAACGAUAGCGAAAGUACCAGGGCUCAAACCUCUGGCAAUCAUGAUGAAUGCGAUGCACAGAAUCAAAGCGGUAUCGGCUUCUAUCUUGAAGGAGAAAAUGUAUGAAGUGGAGGGCCUGUCUAAGGAUGACACCUCAGCGAAGAAGGAUAUCAUGAGCCUCUUGGUCCGAGCGCGGAAGGCUGAGAUGGAACGAACGGAAUCAGGUGCAAAAACUUCAGCCAGCGACCUGGAUGGCUCAUAUACGAUGAGUGACAAGGAGAUGAUGGAUCAAGUGCUCACUUUCCUUGGGGCUGGACAUGAAACGACGGCUUCCGGCUUGGCCUGGACUCUAUGGUUGCUCGCCAAUGACAAGGAAUCGCAACGAAAACUACGAGAGGAGCUGAGACCCUUGUUCGUACUGUGUGAAAAUGGUACAAGAAAGGCACGACCAUCUUAUCGUGAGCUCAAGGACCUCAAUUGGCUAGAUUGUGUCAUGAAUGAAUCCCUCCGAUUGUAUCCACCGGUUCCAAUGUCUUUCCGUCAGGCCGCGACUACUGACGUUAUUGAUGGUAUUCUCGUCCCCAAAGGGACGAUAUUUUAUAUCCCUAUUCGCGUUGUCAAUACUUUGAAGGAUAUAUGGGGAGACGAUGCCGAAGAAUUCAAUCCUUCCAGAUGGCUCAAACUUCCUGACACUUACAACCCAACAUUCUCAGUCCUCUCGUUUCUAGCGGGCCCACAUGCAUGCAUAGGGAAAACGAUGGCGAUAAUGGAAAUGAAGGCCGUCUUGGCUGGUCUAAUUGUCAACUUCGAGUUUGAGCCUGGCUAUGAGGGUCAAGUUGCUCAACCUACCGCGGCAGUAACGAUGAAGCCGCGAGAUAACAUGCCCCUGCGAGUGACGAGAACGUACUAA